GGGCGGGGGCGCAGUCCAGGGUUCGACCGGCCGAGCCCCGCGCGCCCCGCCCGCGCCCUGCGCCUCCGCCCGGCCGGCCGGCGGGGGAGGGGGCAUGAGCCGGCGCCCGCGCGCCGCCCCGAGCUGCGGGCCGGCCUAGAGACCCGUGCGGGCCCCGCGCCGGAGCCAAGCCGCCGCCGCCGCCGCUGCCAAACCGCGGGCGCAGCAGUGGGCGCCGCGAUGCAGCGGCCGGGGGAGCCGGGCGCCGCGCGCUUCGGCCCGCCCGAGGGCUGCGCGGACCACCGGCCGCACCGCUAUCGCAGCUUCAUGAUUGAGGAGAUCCUCACGGAGCCACCAGGGCCCAAGGGCGCCGCGCCCGCAGCCGCCGCUGCCGCGGCGGGCGAGCUGCUGAAGUUCGGCGUGCAGGCGCUGCUGGCGGCGCGGCCCUUCCACAGCCACCUGGCCGUGCUGAAGGCCGAGCAGGCAGCGGUGUUCAAGUUCCCACUGGCGCCGCUGGGCUGUUCAGGGCUGAGCUCUGCGCUGCUGGCGGCGGGGCCUGGGCUGCCCGGCGCCGCGGGUGCGCCACACCUGCCGCUCGAGUUGCAGCUCCGCGGGAAGCUGGAGGCGGCAGGCCCUGGGGAGCCAGGCACCAAGGCCAAGAAGGGGCGUCGGAGCCGCACUGUGUUUACCGAGCUGCAGCUGAUGGGCCUGGAGAAACGCUUCGAGAAGCAGAAGUACCUUUCCACGCCGGACAGAAUAGAUCUUGCUGAGUCCCUGGGCCUGAGCCAGUUGCAGGUGAAGACGUGGUACCAGAAUCGGAGGAUGAAGUGGAAGAAAAUAGUGCUGCAGGGCGGCGGCCUGGAGUCUCCCACCAAGCCCAAGGGGCGGCCCAAGAAGAACUCAAUUCCAACGAGCGAGCAGCUUACUGAGCAGGAGCGCGCCAAGGAUGCAGAGAAACCGGCGGAGGUGCCGGGCGAGCCCAGCGACAGGAGCCGCGAGGACUGAGGGCGGUAUACGGUGCCGGGCCCGGGAUGCCCACGCCACCGGCAGCCCCCUCACUCGGCGGAAACCCGCGAGCCGGCCCUUCCGCGUCCAAGACGUUUACUUCCUAAACCUUUUUAUUAUGAUCUUGAAUGCGGACAAUUGGGGCCAAACGAGGAAGGACACAGACCCUAAAGCCAGACCCAGGUCCCAGCGCGCUUCUGCGCUCUAACCUGGGAGACUCGCGUCCAGCGCGGCGGAAGCUACAGUCUCUGCCGAGCUCCGUGGCGCAGAGCGCUCCACGCGCAUUCACGCCCCGCUCCUCUUCUGCACCCCCACCCCGUCUGGGGCCUGCCCUCCCGGCCGGGGAGCCUCCAGGCACACACCCGCUACUGGACGUCGGGGACCUGGCGGUUGGGCUCAGGCCACCACGGCCUGAGACUGCCCCGAGGCAACCCGUCGGCUCGGCCUGGAGGCCGGGUCUCCGAUGUCGCUGGGGCCCCUACCCCCUCUUGCGAAGACGGUGACUUUUUUUCCAAUAAAAUAUUUUAUGACACAA